GUCCAACACGUGAGGCUCAUGUGACGGAGUGGAGUCUGUGUCUGUAGCUGAGAGACGUGCCUGCAGUCACAGGGUUUAUUUAACACGUAGUCAGAAAUCCACCCAGCUCUCACACAUUGCGCCGGGCGUGGAGCCUCUCUAGACUUACUACUGAGUCCCCGGACCUCAGGGCGACAAAACUCCAGCUGCGCUCGACUGCAGCUCACAACAGGAAAGCGCACACACACUGGAUAAGAGGAAAUACUUUUUUCUCUCCAUUUCUUUUAUUUCGGGAAGUUUUUUUUUUUUUCCCUAUUUUGAAGUGCGGCUGCUGGGACACAUUUUGGAGCUUUUAAUUUAAUCGGCAUGGAGAGGAUUACCAGCGCGCAACCACCUCCCUGUAUGCCAAAACACCCCUCACUGGAUAUAGCUGACAUGCACGGAAUGGACUUUCCCAUUUAUGUGUACAAACCCAGGAGGGGCAUGAAGCGAGGGGAUGAGAGCAAGGAGACCUACAAGUUGCCUCACCGACUGAUCGAAAAGAAGCGACGUGACAGAAUAAACGAAUGCAUUGCCCAGUUGAAAGAUUUAUUGCCAGAACAUCUUAAGCUUACAACGCUGGGUCAUUUGGAGAAAGCUGUGGUGCUGGAACUCACUCUCAAGCAUGUGAAAGCCCUGAGUGCCCUCCUGGAGCAGCAGCAGCAGAAAAUUAUCGCUCUACAGAAGGACCUGCAGCUUGGUGAUCAUGGAGGUGACAGCGCAGAGAACAGUGAGGAGAUGUUCCGCUCUGGCUUUCACUUGUGUGCCAAAGAGGUCCUCCACUAUCUGGCCAGUCAGGAAAGCAGCAGGGACUUGACUCCUUCGCAUGUAAUCACUCACAUCCAAAAGGUAGCAGCAGAAGUUCUGCAGGAUCAAAGCAGCCUACGGCCGGAUGAGGAAGUCAGCUCUUCUGAGAAAGUGAAGAAACCUUCCGGACAGCCUCAGAGGGGCUCUGAAGGGCCCGCUAAGAACUGUGUCCCAGUCAUUCAAAGGACUUACCCUCAUGGGACAGGGGAGCAGAGUGGCAGUGACACAGACACGGACAGCGGCUAUGGUGGAGAACAUGACAAGCGGGAUCCCAAAGCCCAGUGGUCAGAAAACCACUCGACUGAGGGGGAGCUCAAGCGUCCUGCAUCUGAGCGGAUGGCCGGUGCCAUCAAGCAGGAGGGUGAAGCGCCUCGGGCCAAGAAGCUGAGAUCGGACUCCCCGGAGGAUGAGAUUCUCUCCGGUCCUAGUAAUUACAUGAGCUUCUCCCCGAACCAGCCCCCGUUUUGCCUCCCCUUCUACCUCAUCCCCCCUGCAGCUGCGGCGGCCGCAGCGUAUCUGCCCAUGCUGGAGAAAUGCUGGUACCCUGGAAGCAUGCCUGUUAUGUACCCAGGCAUGAGUGGCUCUGCAGCGUGCCUACCCCCAGAGCCACUGCACUCAUCUCUGAUGAUGUCCCCGAGGGCAGGAUCUCCAGUACCCCACCAGACUCGCAUGGACUCCCCCACUCUUCACAAAGCUUUAAAGCAGGUUGCUCCUUUGAACCUGGAAACCAGAGACUGAGCAGAUGUGUCAGAAUCAUAUCCUCUGAAUGUCGAAUGGGAUAAACAAACACAAAAGCACUGGUAUCCCUUUAAACAGUGGCUGUAAUUUGGCCUGUUGAACCCCAAAAUGGUCACCUCCAUCUAUUAUGAGCUCCUGAACUGAAAUGAGACUUUUGUGGGGAACCUGGAGUGGCCAUAAGAAGGCUCAUGUUAGACUUGUUGCAUGGCUCUGAAAUACUGAGAGUUUAAAUACGGUCAGUUCAAAGCAUGCACAAGAGUGCGCACAGGUGUUUUUCUACAAUGUUUGUCAUCUCAGCACUUACUGAAUGUCAAAGGUUAACUUAGAAUGUAAGACAUAGAUUAGCCCUGCCACGCACACCCCUUGGAAAACAUUUUGGACCUACUUUUUUUUGCGCGUGCACACACACACACACACACACACACACGCACGCCAGUCUGUAAUGAAUGUAAAGAUUAAACAAAAGAUCCCUCGUAGAUGCUGCUUGAGUGACUUUUCUGGACGAUCUACUUUCAGUGUUUGUUGCUCCUGUAACUGCAACAAAGUAUCGUUUUAGACCUACCAAAAAAAAUAGAUAUAUUGCUCCUUUGACCCUGUCAGUUGUCACAGCUGAACGAAUGCAAAGAGUUUAGCGUUGUAAGAAUUCAGGGCGUCGUCGCUGUACGAGGUGUGUCACUCAUGUCUGUCAAUGAGUGAUGUGGCCAUACAUGCUUUUAUGAUUUAAUUUGUUACUCAUGACUGUUUGUGCAUUUUAGGUGGAGUUCCUGUGAAGUAAUGUCUUGUAAUUAUUUCUUUGCUCAUGCUAAUCGUACAUCUCUAUUUUUGAUACGUGACCCACUGAGUGUAUUUUGUAGAGAAAGGUUGGGGGAGUGAUAUGCUGUACGCUGAAAGAACUUGUACAGUAUACAUAUAGCAUCAACCUGAUUUGCGUAUUGCCCAUGUCUUUCCAGUCCAGUCCAGGCCUGUUCUGAGCUCAUGCUGUUGCCUUUACUCGUUUAACAGACACAACAGUGGCAGGUGUUUCGAACCCAUUUGCUUUUAAUGUGUCUGUGGCAAAGAGAGUGAAUGUAAAAUUCAAACAAAAAUAAUAGUUUUGUAUAGAAAGAGGUACUUGGGAUUUUUAUUUUGAAAUGUAACGCAAAUGAUGUACAUAUUUUGUAUAUAAAGUAUUAUUGAUAUAUAUUAAAGUAUUAAUAAAGCUUU